AUGUCCGAGCCCGUGGACGCUGCGGCCAAGCCCGCGCCGUCCCAGCCCGAGCGUGCGCCGAGCCUCAAGCAGCGGCCCGCGUACAUUCGCACGACGGAGCGCCCGCCGGUGGGCUACUUGGACACACGCAGCGCGACGGUCAAGAAGCCGAGCCCGACCAACGACGCACUGUUGCGCGAGAGCUUGCAGGUGCAGGCAGAGCCGUCCACGUGCGUGACGUCCGCCACGACGCAGCUCAAAGUCCUCUGUCGCAAAUUCGCCGUGCUCUCGGAAAAAGUCAAGCAAGAAGCCAAGUUGCGAGAGGACGCGGAGCGAGAGAUCAAACGGCUCAACACCAUCAUCGACGGCAAUGCCAGCAUGGUCGUCUCGUCCACGCGGAGUGACACGCAGAUUUACAUUCGGUCGCUGCAGGAAGAGCUAGAUCACGUCAAAGAAGAGCUUGCCAUCACGAAGGACGAGCUCGCACAAGCGCAGAUGGACUUGCACGCCGCCAAGCCUCGGACAGCAUACGCCUACCAGUGCGACACGAGCCAAGUGGUGGACCACCAGACCAAGUGGGACCGCGAGCAGAUGCAAAAGAUCCAGGACACGCUGUCGUGCACGAUCAACGAGCUCCAGGAAGAGCUCACGGCCAAGGACCACCAAGUCGACGCUCUCCGCGAGACGAGCCAGCGGGACAAGGCCAAGAUCAAGGACUUGGAACACAUGCUGGAGGCUGUCGAGGAGCAAGCGCACGCGGCCAAAGAGACAACGGCCAAGGCCGCACAGGAACUGCGCGAUGCCGCUGCGCUUCAAUCGAACGACCGUCACAAGCUGCAUCUCGUGCAAGAGACUGUCAAGGAAGAGCGGAGCAUCAAGGAGGCGCUGCAACACCAGAUUGCAACGUUGCACCAAGUCAACGACGCGCUUCAGCGACGGUGCGACACGCUCGUCCGGCGUCUAAAGCUCAAUUCUACGUUUGCGACCGAGGCGCAAACGCUCAAGCAGCAGGUGCUGGACGCGGAGCGAGACCACGAAGUGCUCGUCAAGACUAUUCGUGAGCUCAAGAACCAGCACUUUGACCACGUGAGCGACCUCAAAGGCACGCUGCACGAGACGCAAGCGACCAACCAAGAGCUCUCAAAACGCAUCCUCGAGCUCGAGACCGAGAUGCAAGCGCUGCGAUCGCAAAACGCCAUCAUCGCCGACUACUCGGUCCACCGGGGCGCAACGCACCCGCUGCCGUACACGUCGUCGGCGACGCGUCCGUUGUCUCGCCCAAUGCCGCAUCCCAUGUCGGUGCCACCGGUCGUCGACACCCCCAGCCGAUACCGCCCGUCGCAUUUUGCUACCGAACCGCGCGCGCCGUCGCUGACAGACGAUGGCUUCCGACAACCGCCCAUGGUACAACAACAAGCUCAAGCACAACAGCAGCGAGGGCCCGAAGCGAUCGAGUCGCGAGGACCUGAGAACGAGCAGCCGCGGAGCAGUGCACCGACAAGGGGACGUCCGGGCGCCGAGACGGACCAUAGCAUCCUGCGGGCGCUCAAACACCGCAACAAGCAGCUGCAGGAGCGGCUGCAGCAAGAAGCCGACGCCACGUACCAGCUGGAAGAAGAGAUCAACUUGAUCACAUCGGGCUACCACUCGCUCCUCCACAACGAAUCGUAAGUGUAACACUCAACUGUAGUAGUAGUAGAUAUAAGGCUUCCGC